GAUCUCAGCACUUCACCACACAAUCACACCAUGUCUUCCUCAACGGCCGCAAAGCAGUAUAAAGCACUCGGAGAAGAUGUUUGGAAAAACAAAGUUGAAAAGAUUAAUGCCGAACUUUUCACGCUCACAUAUGGAUCUCUCGUUGUACAAUUGAUAAAAGAUUACGAAGAUUAUGCAGAGGUGAACAAGCAGCUUGAUAAGAUGGGCUACAACAUUGGCCAGAGACUUAUAGAAGAUUUUUUGGCGAGAUCAAACAUCGGACGGUGUACAGAGUUUAGAGAGACGGCUGACGUUAUAUCCAAGGUUGGAUUCAAAAUGUUCUUGAAUAUAACACCUAAUAUUACCAACUGGACACCAGAUUUCAAAGAAUUUUCUCUCCUGCUGGAGGAAAACCCGUUGGCAGAGUUUGUCGAGCUGCCUGACGAUGCUGUUGAAGGUGGACUGUGGUACUCGAACAUCCUGUGUGGCGUUCUGAGAGGAGCAUUAGAAAUGGUGCAAAUGCAAGUUGAAGCAACUUUCAUAACAGACACAGUACGAGGAGAUGAGACAACAGAACUUCGAGUCAAGCUUAUUCGAUUCUUGGAAGAGGAAGUGCCAGUCGGUGAAGACUAAAAAGCUACAUCUCAUGAAUAAAUUAUAGUGCUAAACCCCAGUUCAAAUAUAAUGAAACCGAUCACUCGAGUACUG